AUGACACGACUCCUUCUUGGACGCCUGGCAGCACGACAUGCACUUGGCCACCACCAUGUACGCAUUACACCUGUUCCACGUAGACUAUUCACCAAUGCCAGCAACUACGAUGCACUCGUCUUGGGAUCCUACACCGAUGCCGAGCAAAUUACCUUUUCAGCUUCUCGUGACAUUACUUCCAGCACGCGUCAAACCUUAGUCGAGCAACUUGCAGCAUCCGGUUUCAAAAAGGAGGGCGAUGUGCGUGUGUUGUACAAUGUGGGUGGUGUCAAGCAAGUGGCUGUGGUAUCACUCGGCAAGCAAGGCAAGGAUGAAGCUACUCAGUUGGAACAAGCACGCAAAGCUUCAGCACUUGGUAUUCAAGCAUUGCAGAAACAAGGCGUCGAGAAUGUGGGUGUGGAUGUAUCCGUCAAUGCACAAGGUGCUGCUGAAGGUGCUGUUCUCGCUCAAUUUUGCCUCGACAAGCUCAAGAAUGAAGCCGAUCGUCGUAAGCCGAUUCAAGUCAACCCUUUUGCUGCAGAAUCAAACAGUGAACGUGAUUGGGAAACUGGAUACAUUUAUGGCACAUCACAAAAUCUCGCACGCAUGUUGAUGACUACGCCUGGCAACCUUAUGACACCAAAGUUGUUCACUGAAGAAGUCGCUUAUUUACUUGCUGGUCUUGAAAACACUGAAGUGAUCGUCCGUGAUGAAGAAUGGGCUAUUCGUAACAAGAUGAAUUCAUUCUUGGCUGUUGCUAAGGGAAGCAAGGAGCCUCUUCGAUUCUUGGAAAUUCAUUAUCGUGGUGCUGGUGAAGAUCAAAAGCCUCAUGGAUUGGUUGGCAAAGGUGUAACCUUUGAUUCGGGAGGCAUCUCGCUCAAACCAUCCAACAACAUGGCCUUGAUGAAGGGUGAUAUGGGCGGUGCUGCUACUGUUGCUGCUUCGUUGUAUGCCAUUGCCAAACUUCAGCUACCCGUCAACGUGAUUGCCUGUAUGCCUUUGUGUGAAAACAUGCCUUCGGGUGGUGCUACCAAACCAGGCGAUGUGGUGCGUGCCAUGAAUGGGAAAUCAAUUGAAGUGAUGGAUACCGAUGCAGAAGGCCGUCUUAUCUUGGCUGAUGCAUUGUACUAUCUCAGCUCCAAGUAUUCACCCGAAAGCUUAAUUGAUCUUGCUACUUUGACGGGCGCAAUGGAUGUAGCAUUGGGCAACGCUUUUGCAGGCGUUUUCACCAAUUCCGAUUUGUUGUGGCAGCGACUUGAGAGUGCCGGCAAGAUGACUUCGGAUCCAUUCUGGCGUAUGCCUUUGCAUGAUGCGUACUUGAAAGAAAUGAAGGAGUCUACAGUUGCUGACCUUAACAAUUUGGGCAAAGGUCGAUCGGGAGGUGCAUGCUCAGCGGCUGCUUUCCUCAAGGAGUUUGUUGCUGGUGUGGAAUCUGAGCAACCACUUGCAUGGGCACAUAUUGACAUUGCCGGUGUCAUGGACAGCGAUGCCACUCAAGGUUAUCAUAUCAAGGGCAUGAGCGGCCGACCCACACGAUCAUUGGUUGAAUACAUGCGAAGAGUGUCAGCAUAG